CAUGAUCACAAGCAGAACCCAGUCUGCACAGGCCACAAGUUUUGUGUCUGUGUAUGUUUGGAAAAGAGGCCGAUCUUCUGUAAACUUGUGGCAACUGGAAGAUGCCAUGACCCCCCUUUUUACAGGUCUACUCUAUCUUGGACUGAAUCUGGACCUCAGGAACCCAGUAUUGGCAGGGGCCCUCUCUAAACCUACACUCUGGGCAGUGCCAAGAAAUGUGGUAGCCAUUGGGAACCAGGUGACAUUCUUCUGUGAAGGGCCCUUAGAGGCCAAGGAAUAUGUUCUCUAAAAAGAAGAAAGUCCAGG